AUGGAAGGACAUAAGGAUGCGCAAAAAGGAGAGCAUCAAGAGGAAAAGAACAGCAUGUUCUGUGUCGGAAACGAUAAAGACGGAGAUAUAGAAAAACGGUGUACCGGAAUGGCAAUUAACGAUUAUAGGGAGGAAGUAGGACAGAGUGACAUGUUGACCAUGAUCUUCGAAGAAUCCUUGUGGAGUCUCCUCUUCUUGAAUAAGGUCUUGAGCGGCAAUCGCUUUGAGAACUUGCUUCUUGCUAGUCUCCUGAAUCUCACCAGCAAGAAGGAACUCGUCAAGAAUGAAGUAUGCUUUCUCGAAGUUGAAGAUGAUAUCCAACUCGCAUACACUUCCGAAGUAUUUGUCGAGAAGUUCGACGUAUCGGUGAAUGACUUCCAACGUGAUCAACUCGUUGUCGUUUUGUUCGAUGGCACAGCAGAAGUAUAG